AUGGCGUAUCCACAGCAAGUGUUCGUCAGCACGACCUUUUCCUCGCCAUCGUUUAUAUCUCGAAGGCGACAAGUUGUGUAUGAAAACACAUUACUGUACCAAUUAAACGUCUUGAAGAAAACAGGUCGAUACGAAGCAUUCAAGUUGAAAUGGCACCCUUCGUACUCGGACAAGCCAAACGUGUGGCCUGUACCAAAUCAUUUAUUUUGGGACUCUGAUGUUGCCAAGUGGAUAGAGGGGGCUUGCUAUUUCCUACGCGGGAAAGACAAUGCUGAGAUUGAUGCGGCUGUCAAAGAGCUGGUCGAAAUGAUCAGAUCUGCUCAGCAGGAGGAUGGCUAUCUGAACAUCCACUUUACGGUCGUUGAUCCCAAGGGGCGAUUCACCAAUCUGAGGGAUCUUCAUGAGCUGUACAAUGCAGGACAUUUGAUCGAAGCCGCGCUCGCGCACCAAGAAUACUACGGAAACGACUUAUUUCUACAACCAAUCCUCAAAUACGUCGACUUAUUAUGCAGAACCUUUGGCCCCGGCCCAGAUCAGAAGCAUGGCUACCCCGGCCAUCCAGAGAUCGAGCUUGCUCUCCUUCGUCUUUUUGGGAAGACGAAAGAUACUCGACAUCGAGCGUUGGCGCAGUAUUUUAUCGAGGAGCGCGGAAACCCGCACGGACAAGACGGUCGUCAUUAUUACGAUGUGGAAGCAGAACUCCGAGGAGAGGGCGAGCACGAACGCCCCGCGUAUUGGACAGAAGAAAGAAGUUUCUGGUAUCAACAAGCCCAUAAGCCAAUCAUCGAACAAGAAACAAUCGAGGGGCACAGCGUGCGAGCCAUGUAUCUUCUGACAGCCGUAGCUGACCUUGUCCGGAUUGACAAUACAGGCAACAACACCGGUGCCCUAGGGAAUGCGCUGGCGCGAUUAUGGACCAACAUGGUGGACAAGAAAAUGUAUCUGACGGGAGGAAUAGGUGCGAUGAAACAAUGGGAAGGGUUCGGAAUUGAUUAUUUCCUGCCGUCUGGCACCGAUGAGGGCGGAUGCUACGCUGAGACAUGUGCCGGAAUUGGCGUCAUGAUGCUUGCCGAGCGAAUGCUUCAACUGGAUCUAGACGUCAAGUUCGCCGACGUGAUGGAACUAUGCUUCUACAAUGCCGUGCUGACUGGCAUGUCGGCGAAUGGAAAGCAGUUUACUUAUGUUAACCAGCUAGCAUCUACCGACACGGAUCUGUCGAAACGCGCCGAGUGGUUCACAUGUGCUUGCUGCCCUCCAAACAUGGCCCGGCUUCUGGGCUACAUCGGAGGUUACUUGUGGUCUCAGAAAACAGACGAAAACAGUAAAUCGGUUGAGGUUGCCGUGCAUUUGUACUCUUCGGCAACCAUUAAGAUUCCCGUUGGCGAUACUACCGUGGAACUGGAGCAAAAGUCCAACUGGCCGUGGGAUGGCAAAAUCGACUUUACUAUUCGAAAUGCUUCUAAAGUGGCGACUACUAUCAAACUAAGGGUCCCAGGUUGGGCAACAGACUGGAAGCUCUCGCCGAGCGCGCCUGAAACUGUACUUGAGAAGGGAUAUCUGACCCUUUCUCCGGAUUGGCUUAAGAAACACGAUACGUUUGAACUUGAUAUUCCCCUCAAACCACGGUUCAUUACACCUCAUACAUACACCAACCAAGAUGUCGUGGCGCUUGCCAGAGGCCCGCUUAUAUACUGCCUCGAAGACUUUGAUAACCCAUGGGUAGAAGACCAUUUCAAGAGCCUUGUCUUGGAUUCUACUGGGAACAUCACUGAGGAAGUAACUUCUGACUCUGCACUUGGAGAGCCAUGCAUUACUUUGACUGCACAUAAUUCGGCGUCGUUCCUUGGAGUAGAGGAGUCUCUUGGUCCCCUCGUUCCCCUCGGUAAAGCGACUGUCAAGGAAAGGCCAGCUGUUCAACAACUCAUGUUUAUUCCGUACUGCCUUCGCGAUAAUCGCGGAGGGAAGGGCCAUAUGAGAACCCAGCAGUGCUGGGCUGCGUCCGUAUUGGAGCGCUUCUAUCUCGAUUCUUCAGAGGACUUGAACUCCCGGAGAAGUUUGUUCAUCACUGGAACCCUCGCGGCAACUGCAGCGGUGGUCAACUUUGCCAAUGAUACUGGAGCUCCAGAGCACCUCGCUUCAGGAACCCUAUACGGCCUUCCUGAAAACGGGAACCAGAUUCCAGAUGAGUUCUUCAGAGACAUUGGUUGGCGAUAUGAACGAGCCGGUGGAGCUCAGUUGCCUGCUCCCGCACUUGGAUGGAUCUGGGGCUUGACCAACUACAAGAAUCGGUUCAAGUCAGCACUAUCAAAUUACCAAACCACUCUCAAACAUGGAGGCCAGUUUGUGUUUCUCAUCCAUGACCUUUGGGGAGCAGAUGGAACACAAAACUCAUCCGCGCCGUAUCCUGGAGACAACGGGGAUUGGACAAGCUGGGAUUCCUAUCUCGCUACGCUCUUCUCUGAUAUGAACGCCAAUGACAUGACUAAGGAUGUAAUUGUUGACAUUUGGAAUGAGCCAGACCUCGCUGCUUUCUGGGCGCGUACACAACAACAGUACUUGGAGAUGUGGGGGCGCACGUAUUACAAAUUCCGUGCAGAAUUUGGAACCAAGGUGCUACUAUCUGGCCCUGCAAGUGCUGGAGAACCGCUUAAUAAUAGUUGGUUUGCGAAUUGGUGCUCUUACAUUUCUCGCAACGGCAGCAUUCCAGACCAGUAUGCAUGGCACAUGGAAGGCGGAGGCGGCGAUUUGCUGUCUGCACACGCUGGUUUGCUUGGUUACCUUGAAGAAUACAACCUCCCUACUCGCGCCAUCAACAUUAACGAAUAUGGAGUCUUCAAAGAACAGGUUCCCUCUGGAUCCGCUUGGUGGAUUGCUCAGCUUGAAAGAAUCAACGCCUUUGGCCUGCGAGGUAACUGGCUCAGCGGUUAUCAACUUCAUGAUUUCAUGGCCAGUCUCAUUGGCAAGCCCGAUUCCCUGAGCAAUUACAGUGCAACCUCCACGGGCUAUUUCCCUGUCGGUGACUAUCAGGUUUACAAAUAUUACAACCUCAACAUGACUGGAAGUCGGUAUGGAACCACGCCGUCUUCAGAUCUUGCAUUGGACGUCUAUGCUACAGCUGACCGAGGCCUCGCACGCGUUCUUGUGGGUGUACGUGUCAAGACAGGGACCUGGCAAUUAACUCUGGAUAGUCUGACUUCCCUUGGCCUUGCAGCCAGCGGCAGUUUGGAUGUUCACACUUUUGCAUUUCCUGCGGUUGAGCAGUAUCAGCAGUGGGCCAAAGUUGACAGCCCAAUCGACCUGGGAUGGUAUUCCCACCCCUACUCUGAUGGAUCUGUCACGUUUCCUAUUAACCAGGUUACUACGGAUACUGCCUUUGCUUUUGAAUUUGCUUACUAG